UGUGAAGCCCAAACAACAUUGGAGUCUCUUAAUUGGGAAAAUCAAAUGGAUAAUUUGGUUAAGCAAAGAAAACGAAGGGUCUCAAUUUCUGAGAAGAAACAGUCGGAUUUUUCAAUAUCAGAACUGGACAUAACCGAUUAUCCAGCAUUAAACUGGCUGAAAAAUCAAUCAUACUGGUAUGAGAAAAAUGACAACUACAACGAGAAAGAAAGUGAAUUCGCAGUUUCUGUUGUGGCUGUUGCAUCCGUCAUUAGAUCAAUGGAAGAAGUUGAUAAACAAGAAGCAAAGAGAAGAAGAGAGGAAAUCAAGAAAUUACGGGCAAAGAAAACCAAUCCGGUUGUAACUAAUAUUGAAGAAAAGAGGUUAAGCAAAUCAUACACUCAAGAGGUGAAAAUUGGAGCAGAGGAGAGUUUCAAAAAAAAAUCGUUAGAGUACCUACCAGAAAACUGUCGAACAAAAGAGAUGGAUUCAUCUUCCAAAACAUCAGGACUUGCUUUAACGCCAAGUAAAGCAGAUUCUUGGGAAAAUACUCAAAUUAAGAAAAUAAGAUUAAGGUAUGAGAAAAUGAAAGCUGAAAUUGUGGGUUGGGAAAAUGAGAGAAAAUUAGCAGCUAAUCUGAGAAUGGAGAAAAGAAAGAGUGAAUUGGAGAAGAGAAAAGAUAUAAACAAUCAGCAUUAUAAGUCAAAAUUAGCAAGGAUUCAACUAAUUGCUGAUGGUGCCAAGAAACAGCUUGAGGAGAAGAGGAGGAGCAAAGAAGCUCAAGUUCAUGAAAAAGUCAAGAAAAUGCAUCGAACGGGCAAAGCUCCUAAAAAUUAUUUCUGCCUUCGUUGUUACUAAAAUCAAAUGAUUUCUGUCAAUGAUUUAAUUUAUAUAUGUAACUAUUUAUGAAAUAAAAUUUGAGUAAACUCAUAUCAUAAACAAAA